UGAUAUUUUCAAGGGGCUGUUGUAUAAAAUAGAAGGGAAAGUUUCCAAUGAAUAAUAUAAAAGAUGACUAUGACUUCGACGCCAGGGAGUCAACUUCAUCUCCGAUCAUUUCAUAACCAAAACCAACCAUUUACUUCACACUCUAUUUUCUUUACUCACAAUGGUGGUUCUUACUGAAAUUACAGAACAAUCUUCUUCUUCAACUACCUUAUCAACUUACGAUUAUGAUGUAUUUUUAAGCUUUAGAGGUGAGGAUACUCGCCAUAGUUUCACCGAUCAUCUUCUCAAAGCACUGCGUGAAGCCACCAUCGACACCUUCUUCGAUGAUGCAGAGAUCCAGAUCGGAGACUUUCUAAAACCGGAAUUGGAGAAGGCAAUCAAGUCAUCUAGGGCUUCUAUUAUCGUGCUGUCCAAGAAUUAUGCUUCUUCAACCUGGUGCCUGGAUGAACUGGCACUCAUCAUGGAGCAGAGAAGGACCUCCGGACAUAUUGUUUUUCCGAUCUUCUAUCAUGUUAAGCCUUCAGAUGUCAGGAAGCAACGAAACAGUUUUGGAGAUGCAAUGGCAGAGCAUAAACAGAGGAUGGAAACAGAGUUAAAUUCAGAGAAAAGAAGUGAAUGGGCUCACAAGAUAGAGAAAUGGAAGAAAGCCCUAACAGAAGUUGCUGAUAUGAAAGGGGAGGAAGCCAAUGACAGGCGAGAGACAAUACUUAUUGAAGGAAUUGUUAAAGAGAUAAGUAGCAGAUUAGAUCUAUACAAAAGGAGUGAAAUCCCACAUAUAAUUGGAAUGGAGUCUUCGAUAGGAAUGAUCACUUCAUUCUUGAAAGACAGAUCCCAACAAAGCACUAAAAUUCUCACAAUAUGGGGAAUGGCUGGGAUCGGAAAGACAUAUUUAGCAAACUAUGUCUUUCAGUUGCACUAUCUCGACUUUGAAAGAAGCUGCUUUCUUGAAGAUAUCGAAAGGAGGUGUACACAGCCAAAUGGAUUGCUUGAUUUACAAAAACAGCUCCUUAAAGAUAUUCAAGCAAGAAGUUGGAUGGACAUCGACAAUGUUAAUGCGGGAACCUUGAAGAUUGAGAAAUCGCUUUUAAGAAAAAGAAUUCUUCUUGUUCUUGAUGGAAUAAAUAAGUUUGAGCAGUUGGAUGUGUUAAUUGGGACAAAAGGUCUUCAUCCGGGAAGCAAAAUCAUAAUAACAUCUAAGAACGAAUCGUUAACAGAAAAAUGUAGGCUGUUUCAAACGCAAGUUCCACCAAAGCAUAUGAAGCACUGCCUGCAAGGCUUAGAUGAUGAGGAAUCUCUUCAGCUUUUAAGUAGGCAUGCCUUUGGAUGCAAUGAACCCAACAAAGGUGGCAAUAAGCAAUCAAUAAAGGUUGCUAAAUAUUGCCAAGGGCAUCCAUUGGCUCUUAAAGUUUUGGGCAGUUCUUUCCGUCGUGAAGACGCUACAUGGGAGGAUAUCUUAGAAUCACUGGGGAAAGAAAUUAAUCCAGAUAUUAAAAAGGUCCUGAAAAUUAGUUAUGAUACUUUGCCAUCUGAAAAAGACAAGGAACUGUUUAAAUACAUUGCUUGUUUAUUCGUUGGCGAAGAUAGAAAGUUCACUGAAGACAUACUAAAAGCUUGUGAUAUAGGCAAAUCAUCUGGGAUAAAGGUUCUUAUCAACAGAUGUCUUCUCACUUUAGAAUCAUCUGAUAAACUGACAAUGCAUCAACUUCUUCAAGACAUGGGGAAAGAUAUAGUUCAUCAAGAAUCACUGAAGAAGCCAUGGAAGCGUAGUAUAUUAUGGCACCAUGAGGAGUGUUUGGAUGUGUUGCAAAAUAGACAGGGAACAACAACAACUCAAGGACUGGCCCUUGACAUGAGAACAUUUGAGAAUGAAAUAUGGAAAGAACCAAGUAGUGCCAAUAUGCAAAUGUUUGGAUUUAGAUCAUAUCCAUCAUUCAGUUGUCUUUGGUGGUUAUUUGGUUGGGUUUCGGGAAUGUGUUCCUCAUCUCGUAAAACAAAAGGUGACUUUGAGACACUUGCUUUAAGUGAAAUGCGUAAUUUAAAACUACUCCAACUGAACUAUGUACAACUCAGUGGAUCCUACAAGAAUUUUCCUCAUGGUAUAAGAUGGUUAUGCAUGCAUGGAUUCCCUUUGAGUUAUAUUCCUUCAGACUUAGAAAUGGAGAAUUUGGUAGCUCUUGACUUGUCUAAUAGCAAACUACAACAGCUUUGGAAGAAGCCCAAGCUGCUGAGGUCACUGAAGUUUCUUAAUCUGAGUAGUUGUCAUGAGCUUCUUAGAGUGGGUCACUUCUCUGGGCUCCCUCUACUUGAAAGGUUGACACUCACAAGAUGUACAAGUCUACUUGAGGUCUGUGAGUCAAUUGGUAAUUACUGUCAAAAACUUGAAGUCAUUGACCUUAGUAAAUGCAAUAAGUUGAAGGAACUUCCAAGAAGCAUACGAAAGUUAAAGAACCUUACUCAUCUUCUAAUAGAUGGUUGUUCAAAUCUUGGUGAAUUUCCAGCUGACAGUGUUAACAUGAAGUCUCAUGGGUCUUCUUCCUCUACCGUGGUACCAAGAACUCCCGAGUCCUUUGCGAAUUCUUUACCAAGAUCACUAGUAACGUUGUCUCUUAAACAUUGUAAUUUGUAUAAUGAAUCAUUUCCUAUGGAUUUUAGUAACCUUCCAAUGUUGAAGAAUUUGUUUUUGGAUGGAAAUCCAAUGGAUUCCAUGCCCGAUUGUGUGAGAAGCCUUAGUAGGCUGGAGACACUCAGUUUUACUUGGUGUUGGAAGCUGAAAACAGUCUUGUGUGCUCCAAUCCAAUUAAAGCGGUUGGAUGUAUACUUUUGCAACUCAUUGGAGAAAAUAAAAUUUCAUCCAGAAAAGUCAGCUGUACCUAGAGUUUUUUAUCAGACAAGUUUUAACCUGACUGAGAUUCAGCACGUAUUCAAAAUACAAGCUUUAUCAGAAAUUGAUGAAGAGGUAUUAUGCAGUUUGGGUUGGAUUAAUAUAGCAUAUUUGAACCCCUGCUGGUUGUCGAAGGCCAAUGAUAUGGGAUUGUACUAUUUGGAACAAAGGAUACUUCCAGCACAGAUGCUUUAUGAACAUGGAAUAUUCAGCACAUAUGUUCAAGGGCAAGAGGUUCCAAAGUGGUUCACACAUAGAAGCAGUGGGUCAUUAUUUACCUUGCAAUCAUCUCCUGAAAAAGGUAAGAUUAAAGGGCUAAAUGUGUGCAUUGUGCAUACGAUUUCAGGCAAGGAAGUUGGUCCUUCAAGAAUCAAAAUAACGAAUCUCACAAAGAAGUCCUCCUGGACAUACCAGCCUAUGAUGUAUCUUUUUCCAUAUAAUAGCGCGUUUGGAUUUGGUGAUAAAGCGGUAGUAUGGUUAAGCCAUUGGAUGUUUGGGAAAAAUGAGUUUGAAGAUGGUGAUAAAGUUCGCAUUGACUUUAGUGUAAAACAUUAUAUGAGUUUGUCAGGUCUUAGGUAUGGUGGUGAAGGACCAGAAUAUGCAAAUGUAAGGGAGUAUGGUAUUAGCCCCGUGUAUGAUGAUGAUGAUGGUGGUGGUGGUGGAAAGCAGAAAGAGGAUCCAUUGGGUUAUUACAAGUCAUGGAAGCACAUCAUUGGUGGGGAUCUCUCUGCUUCUGAAGUCUCCCCAAGUCACUACCUUCUACAACCCUACCACAUUUGGUUUUUGAAACACAGGAUCCACCAAAGCAUAUGAAGCACUGGCUGCAAGGCUUAGAUGAUGAGGAAUCUCUUCAGCUUUUAAGUUGGCAUGCCUUUGGAUGCAAUGAACCCAA